GCGGGGUGGGCCGGGGGCGGGAGGAAGGAGUGGGAGGAGGAGGCGGAGACAGCGGGGGCUGAAGGAGGGGGAGAAUGGCAGUUGGGGCGCUGGUUCCCGGGAACAGCCGUCAAGACAGAACUGCGGAGGAGGAGUUCGGGAAAGCGGCGGUCGGGACCCCUCCUCUGCGUUCCCCCCGCCCCAGCUGAGAGGCGUCUCGGCGGGUCUGAGGAGCCCUCCUCCGUACUUCCUUCGGCUUCUGCCGCCGCCGCCGAGAGAUGGGCCUCCUCACCCGCACUCCGGCACCCGCCGCCGCUCUGAGGAGUUGAAGAGAACCAUGUGUAUGACUCCAGUAUCCACAUUCCUUCCGUCUUGUGACUCAGUUGCCCCUGUGGCCUGCAUGGAGUCAGCACUAGGAUUACUACAUUCAACAAGCCAGUGAUGGAAGAGUGAGAGCUCAAAGGAUGUGUGAAAGGAUGAUUUAGGGACCAGUCCUAGAAGGAGCAUACAUCAUUGCAUUGGUCAGGACUAGAUCCAUGACUGCAUGUAGCAGCAAGUGGAAUGGAAAAUGUGGUCUUCCUAUGUGCUUGGGAGAAAAAUGAAACAGACCAUCUAUGAUAACAGUCUUCUGUAAGUCAAGCUUUUUCAAGAAUUCGCUGAAGGAACCAAGUAGGAUUUUCUUACAUCAUGACUUAAUCUGAAUGCAAGAACAAGAAAUAGGUUUCAUUUCUAAAUAUAAUGAAGGGCUGUGUGUAAACACAGACCCUGAGUCAAUUCUAAUGAACAUUUUAGACAUGAGUUUACAUCGGCAAAUGGGUUCAGAUCGUGAUCUUCAGUCUUCUGCUUCAUCUGUGAGCUUGCCUUCAGUGAAAAAGGCACCCAAAAAAAGAAGAAUUUCAAUAGGCUCUCUGUUUCGGAGAAAAAAGGAUAACAAACGUAAAUCCAGGGAGCUAAAUGGCGGGGUGGAUGGAAUUGCAAGCAUUGAAAGUAUACAUUCUGAAAUGUGUACUGAUAAGAACUCCAUUUUCUCUACAAAUACCUCCUCUGACAAUGGAUUAACUUCUAUAAGCAAGCAAAUUGGAGACUUUAUAGAGUGCCCUUUGUGCCUUCUGCGGCAUUCUAAGGACAGAUUUCCUGAGAUCAUGACUUGUCAUCAUAGAUCUUGUGUGGAUUGCUUACGACAAUAUCUAAGGAUAGAAAUUUCUGAAAGUAGAGUUAAUAUCAGUUGCCCAGAAUGUACUGAACGGUUUAAUCCCCAUGAUAUUCGCUUGAUAUUAAGUGAUGAUGUCUUGAUGGAAAAAUAUGAAGAAUUUAUGCUUAGACGGUGGCUUGUUGCAGAUCCUGAUUGUAGGUGGUGUCCAGCUCCAGACUGUGGAUAUGCUGUGAUAGCAUUUGGAUGUGCUAGCUGUCCAAAAUUAACUUGUGGGCGAGAAGGCUGUGGAACAGAGUUUUGCUACCACUGUAAACAGAUCUGGCACCCCAAUCAGACCUGUGAUGCUGCUCGGCAAGAGAGAGCCCAGAGCUUACGUCUGAGAACUAUACGUUCUUCAUCCAUUAGUUAUAGUCAGGAGUCUGGAGCAGCAGCUGAUGAUAUAAAGCCAUGUCCACGAUGUGCUGCUUAUAUAAUAAAGAUGAAUGAUGGGAGCUGUAAUCAUAUGACAUGUGCUGUCUGUGGUUGUGAGUUUUGUUGGUUAUGUAUGAAAGAAAUCUCAGAUUUACAUUAUCUAAGUCCAUCAGGAUGUACUUUUUGGGGGAAGAAACCCUGGAGCCGGAAGAAGAAGAUACUGUGGCAGCUUGGAACACUUGUUGGUGCUCCUGUAGGAAUUGCUUUAAUAGCUGGCAUUGCUAUCCCUGCAAUGAUUAUUGGCAUUCCUGUGUAUGUGGGCCGUAAGAUUCACAAUCGAUAUGAAGGCAAAGACGUUUCAAAGCACAAACGGAAUUUGGCUAUAACAGGUGGUGUGACAUUGUCUGUAAUAGUAUCUCCAGUUGUAGCUGCGGUAACUGUAGGUAUUGGUGUUCCUAUUAUGUUAGCCUAUGUCUAUGGCGUUGUUCCGAUUUCUCUCUGUCGAAGUGGAGGUUGUGGAGUCUCAGCAGGCAAUGGAAAAGGAGUUAGGAUUGAAUUUGAUGACGAAAAUGAUAUAAAUGUUGGUGGAACUAACACAGCUGUAGACACAACUUCAGUAGCAGAAGCAAGACACAACCCUAGCAUAGGGGAGGGAAGUGUUGGUGGUCUGACUGGCAGUUUGAGCGCAAGUGGAAGCCACAUGGAUCGCAUAGGAGCCAUUCGAGACAACCUGAGCGAGACGGCUAGUACCAUGGCCCUAGCCGGAGCCAGUAUAACGGGGAGUCUGUCAGGAAGCGCCAUGGUAAACUGUUUUAACAGGUUGGAAGUACAAGCAGAUGUACAGAAAGAACGGUACAGUCUAAGUGGAGAAUCUGGCACAGUCAGCUUGGGAACAGUUAGUGAUAAUGCCAGCACCAAAGCAAUGGCAGGAUCUAUUCUGAAUUCCUACAUCCCAUUGGACAAAGAAGGCAACAGUGUGGAGGUGCAAGUAGAUAUUGAGUCAAAGCCGUCCAAAUUCAGGCACAACAGUGGAAGCAGCAGUGUGGAGGACGGCAGUGCCACCCGAAGUCAUGCUGGUGCUUCAUCCAGUGGCUUGCCUGAAGGUAAAUCUGGUGCCACCAAGUGGUCCAAAGAAGCAACAGCAGGGAAGAAAGCAAAAGGUGGUAAAUUGAGGAAAAAGAGUAACAUGAAGAUAAACGAGACCAGAGAGGACAUGGAUGCACAGUUGCUAGAACAACAAAGCACGAACUCAAGUGAAUUUGAGGCUCCAUCCCUCAGUGACAGUAUGCCAUCUGUAGCAGAUUCCCACUCUAGUCAUUUUUCUGAAUUUAGUUGUUCUGACCUAGAAAGCAUGAAAACUUCUUGUAGUCAUGGUUCCAAUGAUUAUCAUGCCCGCUUUGCUACUGUUAACAUUCUUCCUGAGGUAGAAAACGAUCGUCUGGAAAAUUCCCCACAUCAGUGUAGCAUUUCUUUGCUUACCAAAACUGCUUCAUGUUCAGAAGUUCCACAGUUGAAUCAUAUUGCUGAAGAACAUGGUAACAAUGGAGUAAAACCCAAUGUUGAUUUAUAUUUUGGUGAUGCUCUAAAAGAAACAAAUAACAACCACUCACAUCAGACAAUGGAAUUAAAAGUUGCAAUUCAGACUGAAAUUUAGGCCUAUAAAUGCUGCAGAUUAAUUACCACUGAACAAUCUUGUUUGGAGCUGGUUGAACUACAUGUGACUACUUUAAGUUUCAAGUUACCAGCAAAUGCCCGGUUACAUAAUCUAAUGCAGAUACAUUUUCUAUGUUCAGCAAAGCAUUGUGUUUCAUGUGGAUCUUAAUUACCAAACUAUGAAAUGAAGGCUUUAAAAGUGCAUUAUUGUAAGGACAAUAGUUCUUAAGAGAAGUAUGUUUUGUGUGUUUGCCACAAAACAUUGCUUGAAGCACAUACUUGUGUAUUUAGAUAGGACUUUGGCUUAAUUUAUAAUCAAUAUAAAAUACUAAUACAGUUAGAAACAUUCUUAUGAAGAAAACUUGAGGCUUAGGGGUAAGUGGUUAGUGACAUUUUAUUGAAACCACUAAGGGAUAUUGUUUCAAGAACCUUGCAGAUUACUCUCAGUAUAUGAUACUCUUUGUAACAUUUCUAUUCAUAACUGGGCAUAAAUUUCAUUUUUUUCUUCAUAUACAAUGUGGAAUUGUAAAGCUUAAUGCAGCCCAUUUGCUACCAUUGGAUACUUAGACACUUUGAGCAAGAUUGUGGCAGUUUUUGCACAACUUUGAAAUAGAAAUACCUGGUACUCUAUAUAUCUUGUAUAUUGUUGAUGCCAUCUUAGAAGCAAAAUGUAAAGGUAGGUAAUUAAGUGUACUGACAGCACCAAAUAAGAUAUAUAAAACUACAAAAUAAAAUUCCAUUAGUUUGUAAGUAUUACAAAAAAAAAGUCACCUUCCACCAAGGGGAAGUUUGCACCCCAUUGAUUCUUGGUGCCUUUGGAAUAGACUGGAUUUUAAGGGCCUAGUUGUUUGAGGAUUUUGCUGUAUUGUUUUCCAUUAGUCCUCUCUAGCCACCUUGAAUUAUAUAGACAAAUACAAGAUAGAUAAACAUAAAUAUGAAUAAUAAUAACUGCUGAAAAAGUAUUAGCCUACCAAAGAACACUCAGGCUUUAGUGAAUACAUAACCUCAGUUGUAACACACGCAUAUCUUCUCCAAUCAUGAAAUCAAAGCACGGUGCAGAGUUUGUACCAAGUGCUAAGGAGGGAUCCACGUAUGGCUGGCUUUAUUUCCCUUUGCUUUUGUCUGUGGAAGGUGUUCAGCUGACAUAAACAGAAGUCGACCCAAAUAACUGCCUAUACUGUUAAUUUCCUGUAUAAUUCACUUAAAUAAAACAGGUUAACCUCAAAGAUAGCAGUUGAAAUGUUCCAUCUUCUGUGUUUCUGUUAAGUAUUACCAUUAUGGUGCUACUGAGCGUUUUCUUUUGAUAAAAAGAAAAAUGCCGUGGGCUGCAGUCUUCUUCCACCACUUUUUCUCACCAGGUCCAUUAAUAUGCUUAUAACACUAGUGCCAGUUAUUUUAUUUGAUAAUGCUUAUUAUGGUAUUUGUAUAUUUGUUUGCAUUCCAGUUUUGUUCAAUAGUGAGUGUGUAAACUGCAUACAUUAAAUAAAUGUAAAUACUAAUGUA